AUGCAGACGGGUAAUGUAAAGCAGUCUGUAACUAACACAGAAGAAUUAAUACAGGCUUUUAUAAACAAUAACAUAGCACAAAUCAAUGGUUUUCUCAAAGACGCUAAUUUAGAUACGUUGAAAAAAUUAAACAAAGAAGAGAUAUUGCAUUUGCUCGAUUACAUGGGAAUAAGUAAUAGAUUCUUCAAACUCAUUUAUGAUACUUUUAAUACCCAAGCAAAUGAAGUUCAAGAAAAAAAGAUUUCUAAAGAAUCAUUAGUUGAUGAACCCCAAACAAUCGGUGAUAUUGCACCUGUAGAAGAGGGAAGUGGAACACAAAUAAGAAAGCAGUAA